ACCGGUAUGGUUGAAAACUCUCCAGCCCCGUUGCCAGAAAGGGCAAUAUAUGGAUUUGCCCUUUUCUUAGGAUCGUGGUUUGGUUUUAUAUUGUAUCUGAUCUGGGCAUAUAUUCCUGAGACUUGGCUGUUCUCGCUGGGACUAACAUACUGGCCUCAAAAAUACUGGGCAGUUGCUUUGCCAACCUACCUGCUAGUUGCUAUAGGAAUUGGUUAUAUAUUACUAUUUGGUAUUAACAUGAUGAGUACAGCUCCACUUAACUCCACGCAUACCAUCACAGAUAACUAUGCAAAAAAGCAGCAACAGAAGAAAUACCAGGAAGAAGCAAUUCCAGCAUUGAGGGAUAUUCCCAUCAGUGAAGUAAACAGAAUGUUUUUCCUUCCUGAAAAAGGCAUCUGUAAUAGCAGAUAGUUGUUACUAAGAUAUGUAUAAAUAAAGGAUUGAUACAACUGUUACAUGAGGAAAACCAAAUUCUCUCAAAUGAACUUUAAACUGAAUUUAUGUUAACACAUUUUGAUGAGAUGGAUUGAUUUUUAUUGUUAUUCAUGCACCUUAAUAAUCUGCAUUGGUAUGAGAAUUAUGCCACAUUAAUUUAUCUGAUCAU